UAUGUCAAAGACCUCCUGGGAUAUUGUUACUGCUUGUUUAUUUGGUUUGAAGUCCCCCCUUUCCCAUGGAGGGAAGGCUUCCCUUGGCCUGCUAUAGCAGAAACAGCUUGAGCAGAAAAUUUCAGAGGAAAAUUUUCUUUCCUUUCCUCUAUGGAGCUUCUCAGUCAUUGAGGUCACCAAAGGUUGUCCCAAAGGCGCUUUUUCAAGAGGCAGCUGGACUUUCUGGUUUUUCUUUGAAGACCUUUUGCUUCUCACCCAAGAAGCUUCUUCAGCUCUGAAAGAGAUUGAGAGACCUGGCCCUCAGAAGGCCAUUUCUUCCUUUCUCCUUUUCCUCACCCAGUCCUCCGUCCAUCCCCCACCUUGGCCGUUCCGCAUAGAGUCCCACGGAGUCUCUCCGAGGAGGCGUGGCCUGCGCGAAUAGGGAACCGGAGCCUCCUGAAGCGGACUGAGCCCGCCCUCGGAAGGACCGUCCCGUCUUGUGCGGCUGGGGUUUGUCAACAGCAGAGCUGCCCCGCUGCUCUUCGGCGCCAAUGCUUAGGAGGGGCGGCGGAUCGGCUCUCCCCUCGAGGAGCGUUAGGGACUUAAGAGACUAUUGUUGACUCCGAGCCCUCUCCAGCGCCGGAGUCGACGCCCCUCCCGCUUCUCCUCCUCCUCCUCUUUUUCGCCGAUCGAGAGACUGGAGCGACCCAGGAUGAGAGCAGCAACCGUAGCAAAGAUCCGGAGGGUCUUCUCGGGUCGUGCCAGUUAGGUAAUAGUUCUUGCCACCUAAAAUAGGCCCAUCGAUUAACUGCUAUGAAGUGCAUUGGGCCUUCAGAGAGCCAGAAUCUUGCUUUAGUGUUGGAGUAUGCUCUAGCAAGAGAAGCAAAGAUCUGGAAGGCACCGGUCUUCCAAAACUUCACACUGAAGGGCACCAAUAUUUCUCCACUCUCUUAUGACAGAACUGUUUUGUGGAUUGGAAAGUUAAGCUCACUCUUUCAGUUUUGCUUCCAAACCUUUUCCUUGGCAGUCAGCUUUCUGAACCGGUUGCUGGCAUCAGUAAAGGCACAGUUGAAACAUCUCCGUUGCAUCGCAAUAGCUUGUCUACUUCUAGCAGCAAAAAUCAAUGAAGAAGAUGAGAUAAUACCAUCAGUAAAGAAGCUGGCAGAGCAAAGUGAUUGCAAGUGUUCUCCAGCUGAGAUUUUGAGAAUGGAAAGAAUCAUACUUGAUAAACUUCACUGGGAUCUUUACACAGCAACAUCAAUGGAUUUCUUAAACAUUUUCCAUGCCAUGGUGAUGUCCAAGUGGCCCCAAUUACUAACUAGGCUACCUCAGAGGAAUCCUUCCCGCCAUGCUGCGUUCUUGACCAAACAGCUACAGCACUGUAUGGCCUGCCACCAGGUGUUGCAGUUUAAGGGUUCCACACUGGCCUUGGUGAUCAUCACCUUAGAGUUGGAGAAGCUGACUCCUGAUUGGUUUCCUGUAAUUACCGAUCUGCUAAAAAAAGCACAGAUCGAUAGCACCAAAUUCAUCCACUGCAAAGAACUUGUGGAUCAGCAGAUCUUGGGCUUCCAGCUACCCAAUGCUGUCUACAUUUUCAACCCUGCAAAUCAAAACAUCCAAACUCACCUGGCUGAAGGAUUACCCUGCUAUUAUUCCACGGAGAAGAAAGAAAUGCAGUUUAACACGCAAAACUCACUCCUCAGAGGCGAGGCUUAUGCGGAUGACCUGAAGGGUGAUGAAUUCUAUGAUGGAUUCAAGUACUUGUACAACGAAGAUGGGAUCUCAGAAGCUGGAUCGAACAGUGAGAUGGGGAAUGAUGAUAUUCAGGGACCAGAGGGAAGUAUCAAUGCUUGCCCACCAUUACAACCUGCCCCUCAUAUUGAUUAGAGGUUCACAUAGGGCAAAAAAGGGACCAAAUACUAGACAAAGCCAAGGCUAUUUCUAAUGCUUCAUUAGUGAGGACUGUGUAUUAAUUCAAAGUAUUGCCUAUACUGUAGCUUUCAACUUUCCAUUUUUUAAAAAAUUCUUUGGCCAAACUUGUUUUGAUUAGAUCAAAAUAUAAUCUAAAAAAACAUAUUUGGAUUAUUAGCAAGGCAAAACUUUAGAUGUCCCACGCUUAAAAAUAUUGAUCUCGGAGGAAUAGGAGCUUGCUUAGGGUAGCUUCUUAGGACAGCUUAAGAUGUUCGUUAAUACAGAUAGUCCUAGACCACAAUUUAGCCCAAAACUGAGCCCACAAAUGAGACAUUUGUUGAAUUUUGCCCCAUUUUACGACUUUUCUUGCCUCAGUUGUUAAGUGAAUCACUGCAGUUGGUAAGUUAGUAAUCCAGUUGUUAAGCGAAUCUGGCUUCCCCAUAGACUUUGCUUGUCAGAAGGUCCCAAAAGGGGAUCACAUGAUCCCAGGACACUGCAAUCGUCAUAAAUAUGAACCAAUUGCCAAGCAUCUGAAUUUUGAUCACAUGAUCAUGGGAUGCUGCAAAGGUUGUAACUGUGAAAAAUGAUCAUAAGUCACUUUGAACGGUCACUAAACGAACCGUUGUAAGUCAAGGACUACCUGUAUUCAGAAACUAGAAGGACCACGGGAGACAUGAUAGCAGUGUUCCAGUAUCUGAGGGGCUGUCACAGAGAGGAGGGGGUCAGCCAACCUAUUUUCCAAGGCACUCAAAGGCCAGACAAGGAAUAAUAGAUGGAAGCUGAUCAAGGAGAGAUUCAACCUAGAAAUAAGGAGAAAUUUUCUGACAGUGAAAACAAUCAACCAAUGGAACAACUUGCCUUCAGAAGUUGUGGGAGCGUCAUCACUGGAAGCUUUCACGAAGAGACUGGACUGCCAUUCGCCAGAGAUGGUGUAGGGUCUCCUGCUUGGGUGGGUGGGGGUUGAACUAAAUGACCUACAAGGUCCCUUCCAACUCUGUUAAUCUGUUAAAAACUACCUUCGUUCUCUAUCAUUUGUUGAAUUUCAGCAUAGGAGUUUUCUUGCCUGAGGCUAAGGCUGCCGGUCUGAACUGUUAAGGCCUGGAACAGAGAUUUUCUUGAUGGCAAUCAUCUAAAUUCACCACUUUGCCAAAGUGAGCUCAACUGCUAGUGAAAUUACGGUACAGAAAAGAGGAGGCUUAGCGAGCAACGUAACUUUCCUGGUUGUUGACUGAUGUUCUGAACUGAGGCAGCCCUGUAAUAAAUGGCCAGCACACUUCAGAGUAGGAUACAAAGCUUUUCAGUUGAUGGGUAGGCUUUACAAGUGAGCAAUUCAUUUAUUUUUUUUAUUUUUACACGGCUAAAUGCCACAGCCAUG